CCACCACAGCUGGACCGGACUCGCCCCGAGCGCAGGGUGUCUGCUUCGCUACGCGCCGCGCGCGGAGGCUCGGACGCCUGCCGCUGCGCGCUCCAGCCCCGCUCCUCACGCCGGCCCGUGCGGGUCCCGGCGGGCGCCAAGCCAUCAUGCAGCUGCAGUUCCGGAGCUGGAUGCUGGCUGCGCUCACGCUGCUCGUGGUCUUCCUCAUCUUCGCAGACAUCUCGGAGAUCGAAGAAGAAAUCGGGAAUUCUGGAGGCAGAGGUACAAUCAGAUCGGCUGUGAACAGCUUACAUAGCAAAUCUAAUAGAGCUGAAGUCGUAAUAAAUGGCUCCUCGUCACCAGCUGUUGUUGACAGAAGUAAUGACAGCAUCAAGCACAACAUCCAGCCAGCCUCGGCCAAGUGGAGGCACAACCAGACGCUCUCCCUGAGGAUCAGGAAACAAAUCUUGAAGUUCUUGGAUGCCGAGAAGGACAUUUCGGUCCUCAAGGGGACCCUGAAGCCUGGAGACAUUAUUCAUUACAUCUUCGACCGAGACAGCACAAUGAACGUCUCCCAGAACCUCUACGAGCUCCUCCCUAGGACCUCCCCACUGAAGAACAAGCACUUCCGGACUUGCGCCAUCGUGGGCAAUUCAGGGGUCUUGCUGAACAGCGGCUGUGGGCAGGAAAUCGACACGCACAGCUUUGUCAUAAGGUGCAACCUGGCCCCCGUGCAGGAGUACGCCCGGGAUGUGGGGCUCAAGACAGAUCUGGUGACCAUGAACCCUUCAGUCAUCCAGCGGGCCUUUGAAGACCUGGUCAAUGCCACAUGGCGGGAGAAGCUGCUGCUGCGGCUGCACAGCCUCAAUGGCAGCAUUCUGUGGAUCCCUGCGUUCAUGGCCAGGGGUGGCAAGGAGCGCGUCGAGUGGGUCAACGAGCUCAUCCUGAAGCACCGCGUCAACGUGCGUACUGCAUACCCCUCUCUGCGCCUGCUGCACGCCGUCCGCGGAUACUGGCUGACCAACAAAGUCCACAUCAAGAGACCCACCACCGGCCUUUUGAUGUACACCCUGGCCACACGUUUCUGCAACCAGAUCUACCUCUACGGCUUCUGGCCCUUUCCACUUGAUCAGAACCAGAACCCCGUCAAGUACCACUAUUACGACAGCCUCAAGUAUGGCUACACCUCCCAGGCCAGCCCCCACACCAUGCCCUUGGAGUUCAAGGCCCUCAAGAGCCUGCAUGAGCAGGGAGCCUUGAAACUGACUGUCGGCCAGUGCGACGGGGCCACGUAAAGCGGGCGCUCGGCGGGACUCGGUGGCUCACAUUUCCUGCCAGCUACACCACAGGCAGCGGGGAGUCGGGGGCGGCACAAACUGUAGAGCAAGCUGGCUAGUGGUUUUCUUUGUUCCAGUGUAAAACAGUGACCAGAAUAUAUAUAUCUAUACCUGCAUAUAUAUAUUGACCUGAGUAUUUAUAACUGUGUGGUGUUCAUCUAGCAUUAGGCAGAUAAGCCACAGGAAGAAGGUGUGGAGAACCCACCAGAAUUCAGACGCGGUCCAUCGUUGGAGGCAGAAGGACUCGCCAUGAAAAGAAGCCAGUCCCAUGACUGUGGAUGACAAACUGCCUCCUGGGUUGGAGGGACCUUUGGGGCUCAUGAAUGAAUGGAGAGCCACCUGCUGGCAGCUGCCCCAAGCCUCUGAGAAAGGUGGAAUUCUGGGUGAGCCAAGACCCAGAGGGGACCACUUCGCCCAAGUUCAAAACAGUGCUGUUUACAGAGGAGAGGGAGGUUGGAGCAUCCAGCUGAGCAAAGGAGCACAAGGACAGCAAGAAGCAGAGGCCACGUCACAGCAGAGGGCCUUUCCACGCACUUAGAGCUUAACUGCCCAAGGGAUGAAACCACGGUUGACCCACCUGUCCCAGAAGGGCCGCCACAGCUACAGAGAGAAAGCUAGAAAAGACACGAUGGACAGUUCAUAUUCUGGCUUGGCGAGAACCACCAAGAACCUGGGACAGAGCACACAGAUGACACUAAAGAGCUGGCGUGUUCCAAAUUGCAUUUUUGAAAACUGGCAACCUUUUGCUAAGGAUCAGCAGCACUCCACCCCAAAACAACACAGGAGAGCGUCCAAAAUGUGGUUGUGUGGUGGGUGUUCUCUAAAGCGACUUGAGUCCCCCAGGGAGGAAGGGACCCUGGGAUGUCACCCGCAGGGUUAGCCUCCUUCCUGCCCUGUGCGAAUGUCACACAAGGGACUGCAGUGUCCCACUUGUGCUACCAGGGAAUCCACAGCGAAUGCCUAAAAGGGCACCACAAAGAUAAAUGUCACCUUUUUAAAAAUACAUAUGACUGCCUUUCUGGGCGCCUCCAGAGCCCCCGAGUGGGACGCCUACAAGAAUGGGAAGCGUUUAGCUCCAUUUCUCUACAGCCACUCUCUCUGUUUGCUUUCUGCAUGGCACACACUGCCGGGCUUCUGCAGCCAGACUGCUGUGUUAAUGUCACUUUCUUGUCAUUCUCCUAUCCUGAUGGUCAGACUCGCCAACACUGAGCUCCAACACUGAGGUUUUCAACUCUGCAGGGAGCGUUUCCAAUGUCCCCUCCACUCCCUUUCCCUCGAGAGGCAAUGAUUUUAGAAUUUUGCAAAAUUCAUUUUCCCCCCUAUCAAGAUAAGCAGUGGACACUUUUUUUUUUUAAAACCCAAAGCCAAAUGCAGUAUCCAAAUACUGGACAUCAUCUCCCCAGGGGGAAAUCUGGGCCUGAUGCCAAUACCGUAGGGGCUGGAAUCACAGGUCACAUAUAGACAAACAUUAGCUGGCUUCAUUUGUGAGAUGUAUUCCCUUGCCUGAUAAAUAACAGUGUUUUAAAACAUAUUUGAAAGAUAAGUAAAAAACCAUUAUCUUGACGGUGAAGAGAGUUAAGGAAAGUAAUCAAGAUCUGCUCCCAAGCAUAUGAGACCGGACAUAAUUAAUCAAUGGCAAUUCAGAGCAGGACAUUUGGUCUGAAUUAAUGGCCGACAGGAAGCCAGUGGAGGCGGUAGAAGGAUAUUCAGAACCAUUAACCCCACACGCAGCUCCAAACCAUGAUUAUGAUUCUAACAUCUCUGUGUUUCUUUCCUGUUGUUCUCGUUGUGGAUGCUUGAAGCCUGAGAUUUGGGAUUUGCAUUAUAAAAUGAAUAUUUUUAAAAAGCAACAGCCCUUACAGCCUCUGUGGGAACUGAGUGGUUUGGACUCGCCAUGAGAAGUGGAAAUAAUUAGGAUCAUAUUUUACACUUCUCCAGGGCCUUUCAUCUUGAGGAUCUCAGAGGCCCUGGAGACAUUUAAUUUCUGAAGCUUGCGGAGCCCUGGGGAAUGGGCAGGAUUGCCAGCGGGGCCUCACUGGAUUAGCCAAGGCUUUGGAUUCUAGAACAUUCCAGCGGUGAGUCCUGAGGGGAGCCCUGAUGGCAGGUCCUAGAGUUGGCUUUGUACCCCGUCUACCAGCCAGCACCUUCUCUGGGGAAUUUUAAGGGCCAGAGAGAGCUCUUUGGGAAACAUGGUUUUCUUUCUGUCCUAUCUUGGUUCCUGAAACUGAAACUGAUGGGAGUUGAAGUGAAAAAGCCCUUACAACCUGCCUCUGGGUCCACUCCGGAGAAAGACUGGGGACCCAAGACAACCCACAUGUCACUGUCCCCUAACUCUUGGGUUCUCUUUAUAGCUCAGUUUGAGUGAGUUUCCACUGCAGCCUUGGGCAUAAGCCAGCUAGUCUGGGGGGUAGGGGACCCAAGGAGUCCCAGCCUGUCCCCUGUCCCCAAUUCCCUGAUCUGCUGCCUUGGUCCAGUGGUCACAGCCAUCCCGGGAGCAGGUAGUCAGUCAGCCUCAGCCAGGUGACCCUUUCAGUCACUUCCUGUGGACCAUCAGUCAAUCCCCAGUUACCCUGCCAUCAGCCACCCUGAAACCUCUCAGACCUUCGCCAUUGUCCUCAAGUCCUUGAAUGACCCCCACCAUCUGCCUCCUCCUUUGCUGAAGAGAUGGAGCCAGUUGAAAUGAGGUCUCACCUCAAAAUCUCUUCCUCUCCCCAUCCCCUUCACCUUCUUCCUCCCAUUUCUGAGGAAGCAACAUCUGUCCUCCUGCCAGUGACGUUCUUCCUGACACCCUCAGCCACGCCUCUGCUGCCUCCACUCUCUCUGCCCACCAUCACGUGCUCACUCCAUCCAUCCUGGCUCCUGCGGCCUCUUCUCUCAUCUCCCCUUCACCACCAGACCUAGGAAGGGGGCUCCAGGCUUGUACUGCCAUCCCUCCUGACCCCCAUCCGAUCUCCCUGUGCCUGGGAUCAGUGAUGCCGCACCCUCCACGUUGCCACACUGAACUGCCCUUUCUCAUCACCAAGCUCUCCGCAUUGGUUGGCUCUACAGCGACCCCUCCUGGUCACUCCCUGUCCCCUCGGUGCCCUAGGUACCACCUUCUUGUGGUUUUCCUCCUCCCUUCCCAAUGCAUCUUCGUCGUGUAUUUAUGUAUUUAUAUAUUUAUUUAUAUAUUUAUGAUUUAUUUAUUGACGCCCUUACCUUGACCUAAAAAGGAGUCAGGGUAGAUCUGACCGUUAUUUCUCUCUCCCCUCCUUGUCCAUAACAUAGACGCGCCCCCCCCCUUGGCAACCCUUCCUCGGCUCCCUUCUGUUACCUCCCUACCCUCUCCAUCAGCAACCUCACACCUUCCUCUGGGUCCACCAUCCACACUUCCCUGCAGCCCAGCCCUUCUCCCAGAUUCCAAGUUCGGAUUGCACCCUGCUUGUUGGCAGCGCCAUAAAAGCAACACAUCUGAGUCAAGUUAUCAUCUCUGCCUCUCCUUCCUCCGCGAUUCCCUCCUUCUUCUGUCAGAAGGCCCAUGAUCCUCUCAACCACCCAGUUCCGAGACCCUGAAGUCAUCUAUCUUCGACUCGUCUCCAUUUGUUUCCUUGCUGCUCCUUCCCACCAGCACUACUCCGGCCUUCUUGUCAUGUGGGCAACUUCAGCAGCAGUCUCCGCUCCCAGACUUCCUCUGGGCAUGCUUGCGGCUUCUCCAGGCCACCCUGAAAAUGCAUAGCGACUUUCAUCUCCAGCCAUUCACACAGUUUUACAAGUUCCCUUGGCCCACAAAAUGAUGUACGCGUCUUCAUCCUGACAGUACAGACCCCCCUAGUAAGGCCUCAUUCUUCCUUUGCACCCUGCUGUCAUUCCUGGAAGGGGUGCCCGGUUUUCCUGUCUCUGUGCCUUUGGUCCUGCUGUUCUCGUCUCCCGGAAAUGCGCUCACCUCCUGGAAUGCUCUUUUUUGUUUCCUUCAAGGCCCAUGCAGAAACCACAUCUUUCAUGAAGCCCUCCCUGAUCUACCAACCACUGGGAUCUCCUUCCGCUGAACCACCAUAGCACUUUAUUUGUACCUUUCUCAUGGCACUUACCAUAUUCUGCCUUGUAUUAUAGUUACUGUGCACUUGUCCUCUGACUGUUCUUAGACUGUAAGCUCGCCAAGGGCAGGGCCUGUGUUUUUAUUCAUCUGUGUCCAUCACAGCACCAGGGGUGGUG